GUUUUCUGUUAGAAAAAAAAAUGUUUAAUUUGUAUUUGUAUUUAUAAUUCUAUAUAUGAUGCUUUGAAAUAUUUGUUUAAUAAUACUUAACAUACACAUAUUAUAUAUUUUUAUUCGUACUUAAACCAAAGAGUUCAAAGGAAUCUGGUACUAUAAUAGUUUACUUAGAACGGUGUUUGAGAGGCAAACGGACAUUUUUGACGAAGUUGUAGCUAUUUUCAAUUGAGGACGGAUUUACACUGGAAAAUUUCGUUUCUCUGAUAUACCUCAUGUGUAGACAGUAUUCAUGAUAAGAGAGCCUACACCCUGUGACUUGUGAGUGAUGUUUCGCCACAAACAGCGUUAGUACGCUAGUAGAAAGCUGAUCAGUCGAGUGGACUUUAACUUCUUUAAUUUUGUGUCUGUUGUUGUGACUGCAGCAGUAAAGUCCGACUCUUAGCGUUAAGUGCUAGUCAUGUCGAAUGUUGAGAAUGUUUGCCCUCAGGUACUGCGCGGUGUCGCGCGUGAAAUUCGUAAGUUGGUCGCCAAUCCUCCUGCUGGAAUCAAGGUGUUGGUUCGAGAUGACGACCUGACUGAUGUAGUGGCGUUGAUUGAUGGACCUGCGGAGACUCCAUAUGCCGGUGGGGUGUUCCGUGUUCGCCUGUCGCUGGGUCGCGAAUUCCCCACAGCACCGCCGCGAGCCUUCUUCCUCACACGUAUCUUCCACCCCAACGUGUCGGCCGCCGGUCAGGUGUGUGUCAACACGCUGCAGAAGGACUGGCGGCCGGAGCUCGGGCUGGAGCACGCUCUGCUCGCCAUCAAAUGCCUCCUGAUCGCGCCCAACCCGGAUUCGGCGCUGAACGCGGAGGCGGCCACAUUGCUGCACGAGAGAUAUGACGACUACUUCGCACGCGCGAAGCUCUACACCGAUAUACAUGCCAAGCAAGAACGAGGCACAACCACUACAAAGGAUGACACAUGCGGGAAAGCGGCGGGAGAUGCGGGCGCGGGGGAGGGACCCCGAGCGAAGCGCGAGCGACGAGCGGCCUCCCAGUCCGCACCCUCGGCCCCGCCCUCUCACGCUCGCGACAGGCGGCGUAUCCUCAAGAGAUUAUGAGCCAAGCACGUGUCGCACUAUAAUUCUAUUGAUUUUGUUAGGAUUGUAAAAACGUAUUCAUUAAUUUAAUUGAUAUUUUAAUAAAGUAAAAUUAUGUUAUUGACUAA